CUCCAGCCAGGAAGAGGAACUGAUCCCUGGAGAUCAUUGCCACAAACGUGUGCAACUGAAACCUCCCGCCAUGCUGAAACAGAUAUUAUCGGAUAUGUACAUCGAUCCGGAGCUGCUGGCAGAACUCAGUGAGGAGCAGAAGCAGAUCCUCUUUUUCAAAAUGAGGCAAGAGCAGAUCAGACGGUGGAAGGAAAGAGAAGCUGCCGCCGACAAGGUUUCAGCCAAGAAGCCACCAUUGAGAAAAGCCAGUGGGAAGUCAGUGAAAUGGAAGCUCGGCGCCGACAACGAUGUUUGGGUCUGGGUGAUGGGCGAGCAUCCAUCAGAUAAAUCGUAUGCUGCCAUCUGUGAAGAGAUUCAGGCACAAAGGGCAAAACAGUUAGAGAGCGAGCAAGGCAAGGAGGCCAGAGAGACUGACUCUUCUCUAACAUGGUCUCUACAUCCACAACCAGGAGUCCUGGGCAGGAUGGAUGUUCAUAGCAACAAUAAAAGCUGUGUGGAGGAGCAAAAGGAAGAGGGGAUAAAAUCAACUGCCACUACAAUAGGGAAAAACUCAGAGCCCAGAGAGAGGGAAGCCAGGGAUGUUCACCAGAUGCUGGCAGACUGCCAUGUGAGGAAGUGUGGCUUCCAACAGCAGACUAAGGAAGCCCAGAAGAGAAAUUCAGGAGACGAGACAACAGCCUCCCAGAACACCAUACCACAGAGAGGUACAAGUUCAGAGAUCCAGAGCAUGCUGCAGAAAACUGAUGAGACUGAGCCUGAAUGGCAGGAAUCCUUGCGGAAAUCCAAGGCAGCAGAUGAGAAGAGACGUUCGCUUGCACAGCAUGCCAGGGAUGACUACAGGAGGCUUUCGCUGCAAGGCAUCCGCAGAGGGAAGCAGGCAGACAUUUCCAAGAGUGCUAUAGGAGGAGAUCGGCGACCACUCCAAUACCCGCCUCUCCCACCCAAGCCUAAACUUCUAACUCCUGUGAUAGCAAAUGGAAGAGUGAUUAGGAAAAAGGGAAUUCAGAGGACAGUCUCCAAUUCUACUGAAGAAAGCAUCAUCAAGUGGUUCAAGGAAGAGCAGUUCCCUCUCCGAGCUGGCUAUCAGAAAACCACAGACACAAUAGCACCUUGGUUCCACGGUAUCCUAACCUCCAAGAAAGCAGAGGACCUUCUGAGUAAAGCAGUGCCUGGGAGUUUUUUGGUCCGUGUCAGUGAAAAAAUCAAAGGCUACGUGCUCUCCUAUCAGUCUGUGGAGGGAUGUAAACACUUCCUUAUUGAUGCCUCUCGUGAUUCCUACAGCUUCCUUGGAGUGGACCAGCUACAACAUUCAACGCUGGCUGACCUUGUUGACUAUCACAAGGAGGAGCCCAUCACUUCUUUGGGGAAGGAGCUGCUGCUUUACCCAUGUGGCCAAGAGGACCAAGAACCAGAUUACCUCGCUCUCUUUGAAUGAACCUCUCAGUCUCGCUAUGCAACUCUGAGCCUAUUUUCAUUAAGACUGUACUUGGAAACACAGCUGUGGAUGCUUACCUGAAACUGUCACCUUAAGUGCCUCUAUUUUAAAUCCUUCAUAACAGAGCAGUGGGAGGAUAAGUACUGUUGUGGGCUUGUUGUAUCAAUUGAGUCAAAGGAUGCAGCAGCCCAGUAAGCUACAAAACACCUAGAUGUAACGCAUACAUUGGAGUGAAUUAGAGGACAGAGUAAUCAGUUGCACAGAGAGAUACUGCUAUGUGUUUUCUGAGUUUUUUACAGGACUCUGGGGAAUAUCUGCGUUCAAGUUGCCUCUUGCUCUUGUUGUGUGCCAUCUGGGAAAGAGACCAGUAUCUACAGCUGAAUGAAAUCAUACCUUCCGGAAGGCACAAAACAAGUUGGAGAGAUGAAUCAGUCUUGAUAGUAAGUUGUAUAAUGUGAGGCUUAAUCCUAUAAGAUGCUAUGCCCUUGGAAUCAGGGAUGUUCUGCAAAACUCCCAAACAAAUCCUUAGUACCUCUAGGUGAAACCUCCUUGUGAAGGGGAAUUUUCAUGAAACAUGCAUUUUUUAAAAAACUCCUUUAGUCUCUGAAUAUAGAUACUUACUCGUUCAACCUGUGUCUAAAUCCCACAUCGACCUUUCUGCACAGAGAUUAACAUUUUGAAAAAGAAGGAAGGAAGGGAUACAGGAAUUUGUUUGAAAAGGUUUUAACAUAUGUACAGAGUAUAAGCAAUGUAAGAAGCAGUGCCUCUAUCAGUAUUAGUAUAGCUUACAGAGAAGUGUUUGCUAGUAAAGAAUGCUGUUUUACAGAAUGGAGCUAUUAUUGCAAAUUUUGUCCAAACUAAUGGGUGUGAAU